UGCUGACGGGUUAAUGCGGUUGGGCUCUGCAGAGGCCGGGUUGAGCAAGACGAAUGCCGUAGUUGCCUCAAGAAUGCCUCAACUCUUCUCCCAAAGUUGUGUCCAAAUCAGAAGGGGGCAGUGGGAAACUAUGGUACUCAGAUUGUUCGAUAUCAGAGACGGCGGAAUCCGAUUCUCCGUCCCAUUUAACAGCCGCUAUGAAUCUUCUGUCUCUUAUUCUCUCAUAUUGAGAAUGCCAGGGAGGCAGUAUCACAUUACCCCUUUUAUGAUCCCGCAACUGAUGGCUCGCCAAAACCUUCUUCCAGCGUCAGCCUCUGGAGGAAAGACCAAGACAUUACUAACAGGUUGUCCCUAUAGUUGUGCCAAUUCUUGCCUCUAUUGUGCUGCUUUAUAUUGUUUGGAUCGUUGUACGAGCGAGAAUGAACCGGAGAAGACAUAAUCAAAGUAAGUUUACAUAUUCUGUUAUCGCAAACCAUAUAAAUGUGAAUCAAAACAUGGUUAAAUUUCUUGCAGCUUUUGAAAAGAGAUAGAAAAAAAAUAAGGAAAGUGAGACACUGAGACCUACUUGACGUUCUAUGUCAAAGCAAGUUGUUGUCACUAUGAAGCUUCUGGAGAUGGGAUUCACCUUUUCUCUUAUGCUUGUGCCUUCCAUUUUUCCUGCUGGACAUCUGGGAAUUCAAAUCCAUUAUUCAUUAGGAUCCUACUUGGGAAGGAGUAGAAAGAAGAGAAAGAAUUGAGUCACACUUUCCUCUCUUUUUUUUCUCUAUUUCAUUUAUUCUCUCAUGCAAAAGUUAAUCUUGAUACAUUAUGAACAAUUAUAAGCCCAUUUAAAUUUUAUAUAAGGAACUAGCUUAAAUUCUAUUUUCUAGAUGAAUCUGAAAGUUGACAGUGCAAUCGAACUUGCUGAAUCAAUAUAAUGUGCACUUGAGACCAUCAAAGCUGCUACGUACUGAUAACUUCUCAAAU